UUUGAAAACGAGUAUUGAGUGCGUCGAUUCAAAAUAAAGAACAAAGAGUUCUACCAGUUCUUAAAACGAGUUGUGUGCUAUUAACAAAGACUCCAUAAAUUUCUCAACGGUAAAACAAAUAAAAAAAACUUUAAGAAUUCGAUUGGAUGGUAAAAAUAUGAUCAGAAUUGAAGUGCGACCUUCACCCUGCCACUGAAAAUGGUCGAGGUUCCGUUUUAAACCAUAGGUGGUUUGGAUUACGCGUACAAAAACUCCGUGUCCGAUGCGAGCAUCACAUCCUUCUUUUCUGUGAUACGACUCCCAAUUAUAUAUUCAAAUUCAUCGGAGUGGCGAAGGUUAGCCGUGAAUGGAAUAUAAAACUGAACGAUCAAAAUGAAGAUUGUAAUUCUCGUUUGUGUUGUUGCCGUUUGUCUUGCCGCCGAAGAACGAUCCUUCCUCGACGGUUUCGUCGGACUGUUGAGGUCCUUCAAACUGAACUCCUUAGGAAGACGGAGGAUGGACGUCCAGAGUCCUCGAGUUUUCAGGAUGCUCACCAACAGAAAAAAGUUGCAGGAUGUCGUCCCUGAAUCCAAACCGUUCCCGUGCGAUCCCACCGUUGGCUACAGAAGCAAAACGGUUCCUCGUUCGGUCCACAAAUUGAGGCCUGGUGAUAUUGAUGUUAUAGGCGCCAUGGGUGACAGUUUGACGGCCGGCUUUGGACUCUCGGCCACCAAUUUGAUGGGAAUCGCCAUUGAGAAUCGCGGCAAAUCAUUUAGCAUAGGUGGUGAGGAAAAUUGGAGGACGUUUUUCACCCUCCCGAACGUGUUGAAAGUGUUCAACCCCAAGCUAAUCGGUUAUUCUUACAACACUUCGCUUACCAUUGAAAGGGCGUCCCAAUUUAACGUGGCCGAAGGCGGGGCCGUUUCCAAAAACAUGCCCUACAUGGCCAAGGUCCUUAUAACUCGGAUCAAGAACGAUAAAAGGGUCAAUUUACAAAAAGACUGGAAAAUGAUCACCUUUAUGAUUGGCGAUAAUGAUUUUUGUUCGGAAAUGUGUUAUUCUGAUUUGGAAAGUACUUUAAAGAGGCAUAAGGACGAAUUAAGAACUGUUUUAAGGUUGUUACGGGAUAAUUUGCCGAGAACUAUUGUUAAUGUUAUUCCUCCACCUCAUUUAAAAAUCCUAACACAAAUGGACAAAAAACCGGAAGUGUGCGAAUUGACCCAUCUCGCAUCUUGUCCAUGCCUAAUCGGAAGUACAUAUCGAAACAAUCGCGAACAGUACUUCGAAUUCAUGCGUCGAUGGCAACUUGCGGACAUCGAGGUGUCGAACGAAAGUGAAUUCGACACAAAUGAGUUCACCGUUGUUCCGUUGAUGUACACAUUGAACUACACAUUUCCGAGAACGUCUUCGGGAGAUAUUGAUUACUCGUUCUUGUCCGAGGAUUGUUUCCAUUUGAGCCAGAAGGGAAACGCACGCUUUGCGAACGAUUUAUGGAACAAUCUGAUGGAACCGUUUGGUAAGAAAAGCACUGACGGAUCAGCUUUAUUGACCAAAUUUAAUUGUCCAACGAAGAAACAUCCGUAUAUUUUCACACGGCGCAAUAGUAAUUAAUUAAAGACUGAUUUAAUUUAUUCAUAAAAAAUUUAGAAAUAAUAAAAAGUUAAAUGUA